GCGGAAGUGCAGGCACGUGGGGGCGAGUCUGCGGUGCAGGAUGGCGAAAGCCCGGCUUGGGCGCCCUGGAGCCCCGGGGCCCGCGGGGUCUGCCUCCCGGCACCCGCGGAGGCAGCAGGGGCAUCAGAAACGAGGGAAGCAACCUCCGACGCCGCAGCCGGGACAGGCGAGAAAAGAGAAGAAGAAAGUAAACUCUAAGCCCAGGAACUUGGAUGAUCAAGAGAUUCCUUUCCGACUUCGGGAAAUUAUGAAGAGCCGUCAGGAGAUGAAAAGACAUAUCAGCAAAAAGAAAAGAAAAGCAGUCCAAGUGGCAUUCAGGCAGAAGUUUGAGAAGGAAGCAAUGGGAUCUCUGUCAGACAUCCCAGUUCCCAAGUUCAAGCAGGGAAAAAAGGAGUCGGACAAAGCCUAUGUCCACCGAAUGGAACAAGAGGCCCAGCACGUGAUCUUCCUCAGUGAGAACCAGGAGGAACGGAAACCUGAGAAGGCAGAACCUUCUCAGCUAAAGAAAGAGAAAUCUCAGCGAAAGAAAGAGUUCCAGAGACGGCGUUUGGAUAAAGUUCGACAUCAGAAAGAGGAAAAGGCAAUAGCUGGCCUGGAAAAAGAACUAUUUCAAGAUUCUGUGAAAUUUGGUGAGGUUGUCCUUCAGCCUCCAGAAUUAACAGCAAAACCAAGGAAGAGCACAAACAGUGACAAGCUCGGCAAGAAGUCGCUGUUGCUGACGAGCCUCCUGACCCCUAGCAAUGCCUCCCAAGCCCCAGCCGUCUCACUGGCUCGACAGCGGAUUGUGGCUGAGGAGAGAGAGCGUGUUGUGCAGGCCUACCGGGAGCUCAAGAAACACAAGCAGCAACAGCUGGAGCAAAGACAACCUGUUAGCUGAUCUGAGGGGAAGCCAAAGAAACUGGCAUGAAGAAGAGCCCUGGGGAUUUCUGGGACUUGACGCUGGUGUCCAGGAAUGACGGAGAUGACUCUUCCUGCUAGGGGCAGAACUUAAGCCUACUUAGCCUCCCCUUUCCCCCUAAAAAUUGCAUCUUGGGAUCCAGAAAAUUACUUCUCUGUGUCUGAACAACAACACAGUGAUAGCAUUCAGAAUCGGGCUGCCAAACCAGAACCUUUUUUACAAGCAGAAACUCUUGAGUGGUUCCUGGCUGCAUUCCCACAGUUUAUGCUAUGGCUCUGCUUGCCUGUGGCCCAAAAACAGGUGUUUGCAUUCACCUGCCAAGAUGUUUCCUAGGAACGGCAGGAGUGUAACCCUAAAACUCCGAUUAGACAGGGGUGAUGAUUGUAUUUUUGUAUCACAUUGAUACUGGGCUUGUGGAAGGUAAAAUUCUGAAUGGCUGCCAAGUCUGAGUAUGACUGGCUCUUAAUAAAUGCUUGUUUGAUUGAC